AUGAAUAUCAAAAUGUCUCAACUUACUGGCUAUCACGUUAUGAUAGUCUCAAAAUACUUUGAAACGAUUAAAGACUUUAUCAAUUUGGAGUUUGUCUGCAAGAAGUUUGGUGAUAAUAUGGUAAAGUUUCACUUCAAUCCAAUUCCUUUAAAUUCCAAAACAAUUGUACACUUCCCAAACAUCGAAACACUUCACUUGUGGAAUAAAGAAGAUGAGAACUUUGGCAAUAGAUUUCCUUUCUGUGUUAUAUUUAAUGAAGAUAGUGAAAAUAAAAAACAAAAUGAAGAGUACAAAGAUAAAAAUAAAUGUGUUUUAACAAAAGAGUUCUUUUGUAUCAUUGUGUGGUUUGCUGUUGAUUUCAAAACUGUUAACACAAACAAAAGUCGAAACAUUAAAUUUAAAAAUGUUACUUUCACAAAAAAUGAUAGACAUAAAUUUGGAAAUGUCAUACCAUUUGGUGUGACAUCGAUUGGUGAUGAUUGUUUCAGUUAUUUAUGCAGUCUGAGAAGUGUUACAAUACCAUCAAGUGUGACGUCGAUUGGUAAUUAUUGUUUCUAUGGAUGUGCAAGUCUCAGCAGUGUUACAAUAACAUCCAAUGUGUUAUUAUUUUGUGAGAGUUGUUUUAGUGAAUGCAGUAGUCUUGGCAGUAUUGCAAUACCAUAUAGUGUAACAUCAUUCAGUAAAAACUGUUUCAACGGGUGCAGCAGUUUGAAUAGUAUCACUAUACCAUUAGGUGUAACAUCAUAUAAUGAUUGGUGUUUCAGUGGAUGUAGUAAUCUAAGCAGUAUGACAAUACCAUCAAAUGUCACAUACAUUGGUAUCGGUUGUUUCAGUCAUUGUUGUGGUUUAAGAAAUGUAACAAUACAUUCAAAUGUCACAAUUAUUAGUAAUAGUUGUUUUUAUGGAUGUGAUAGUCUGAGCAGUGUAGAUUUGCCAUUAAGUGUGAAAUCUAUUGGUCAUCAGUGUUUCAGUUAUUGCAGCAGUCUGAGCAGUGUUACAAUACCAUUGAGUGUGACAUCAAUUGGUUAUUAUUGUUUUCAUGAAUGUAAUAAUCUCAGCAGUGUUUCUAUAUCAUCCAAUGUGACAUCAGUUGGUAAUUAUUGUUUCCCAUCAAACACGGUGAUUCAACAUAAUUAA